CACAUCUUCCGCUCGAGUGCUAAAGAAUUAAUCAUCGUCUUACGAGCACACCGACUAGCAUCUCGGGACUUUUUCUCCGAUCACUUUUCUGCCAGAUGUUGCAGUGAAUUUUUUAAAACUUUGUGCUUUACAGCUGUUACGUGUAGUCAGUCAAUGUCCUGAUACGUAUCGGUACUAGAUUCGGCACAAUGACGGAUCUCCUACAGAAAGCCAUAAAUAUUAAAAAUGAAUAUAUCAUUCCGCAAAAUUUAACACAGUACUAUAACCACUCGUGUACGGCCAAAGGUCAAGAUCCCAAAUGGUGGAUAUUUCUCUGCAGCAGCGUGUUAUGUCCACUGGUGCUGAACGGCUUUCUGGGCAUUUGGUUCAUCACCAAACUGAUUAUCAGCAAAACUGUCAACCGGAUCAGUUCCCGUCCAAACACACCGAAUGCGGCUACCACCGAUCAUGCGCUUCCGGAUGAUCUGUUCGGAAAGGAAUCCUCCAAAACGGUCAAAAAAUGGGAGAUGCCCUGGUCGCAGAAACUGGAGAAGGAAGCCAGCAAAAUUAUCUUGACGCAGACUACUGUUGGUCAUUUAAUAACAGUAAUAGCGUUUAUCGUCGCCAUGCUUUCGUUCGGGAUUUAUGUAUUUGAAGUGUCAGACUUCGUUCCUGCGUUGGAAAUUUGCCGUCCGUGGUUACAAACGAUCACGUGGCAGGUGGAUUUAGGUUGCAACAUAUUCUUCCUCAUUCUUUUUAUUAUGCGGUACAUGGCUUCCAGUCGCAAAGGUCUGUUUUUGUGGGAACUGUACAGUAUCGUAGAUUACUGCACCAUCCCACCGGCUUUUGUUGCGAUGGUUUUGAACCGGAACUGGUCAGGGUUACGGUUUAUGCGUGUGUUGUAUAUUUUCUCCAUCCCUGAUGUAAUGCAGUACAUUGGCUUAUUGAAAACCCGGUUGGAGAUCAGAGCAGCUCAUCUGAUUUGCCGGCUGCUUGGCGCGGUUUUUGUUGGCAGCGGCAUUUUUCACUUGUUGGAAAACUUUUCGGAUGUCGUUGAUCCUGAAGACCACUCAUACCCAAAGUUCGUUUACUAUACGAUCAUUACCAUUUCCACGGUGGGCUAUGGCGACAUUUAUCCCAAAACCGGCUGGGGACGAGCCUUUGCCUGCCUGUUUAUUAUGGCCGCUUUGGGAUUAUUUGCAUCUUCCAUUCCCGACAUCGUCAGUAUGUUGACUGCGCGCUUUCAGUAUGGCGGACAAUUUAAAAAGGAGCGCGGUACCCACCAUGCCAUCGUUUGUGGACACAUAACGUAUGCUGCCGCUCAUCGAUUUCUGGAGAACUUCUUCCAUACCCGCAACCAAACGAAUAAUCUCAGCGUGUUAUUUAUCAGUCACGAAAAUCCCGACUUGGAAAUGGAAGCUCUGCUCAAGCGAAAUUUCACGCAUGUCGAAUAUUUACAAGGUGACGUGUUGAAUAGUUCGGAUUUGAGGCGCGCUGCCAUUAAGGAUGCGCUGGCGUGUCUUGUUAUUGCCGAUAAAAAGCCGGAAAGCAGUCACGUGGAGGAUGCUACAAAUGUUAUGCGUGUUAUUUCCAUAAAAAAUGCCUGCCCAUCAGCCCGGAUUAUUGUACAAAUUCAUCAUACGAAUAAUUUGGUACACUUGACAAACUUGCCAACCUGGAGCACAUUACGUGGAGAUGUAGCAGUUUGUUUGGCGGAAUUGAAAAUGGGAUUGUUAGCGGAGAGUUGUAUUGCUCCUGGUUUCUCCACUCUGGUGUCCAAUCUGAUGCAGUCGUAUUCCACAUUAGGCAACUACACGGUCGCACGUGCAAACUCCAGUAAUGCGGAAAUGAAUCCAAUUGAUUUAUAUGUGAAAGGAUGCUCAAUGCGGAUCGUUUUCCAACGGUUUAGCGAAUUCUAUCUCAACAUGAACUUUACCAAUGCCGCGCGUCACUGUUAUUCGUACUUGGAUUUAUUGCUGAUUGGAUUAUUCGAACGCCCGACUUGUUCGGAUUUCGUAACGGGACUCGGAGGGAUUCUCAUUAAUCCCAGUACGACGGUCAUUAAUGGAAACCACGUUGGUGUAUUUCUUGCAAGAUCGGCCACGGAUGCCGCACGAUCGUGGUUUUAUUGCAAAGAUUGUCAUACCGGUGUGAAAUCAGCGGCUGAUGUGAAGUUUUGCGGAUGCGAAGCCAGAAAAGUUGACAAACGAAUAGAAAAAGAGCAAAAUCCCAUCCGACAAUUUUGGUUAAGUUGUCAAAAGGGCACAACGUACGGCAAUGCUGCAGACAAAAGUCGGUUGUCGUUUGCUAAAAACAGAUCAGGAUAUGAGCGACAACUAAGGGCAUUUAAUCUCCGGAAAGGGAAACGCUCCACCGGACUUACAUCUGACGCUCUGACGAUGUUGUACGACAACGUUGGCAAGAGUCACUGGAUUCCCGCCAGACGAUUUGAGGAUGCCGUGCUGGAUAUAAAAAAUGCCGCCGGACGUCGAUUUCAAGAUCACACCGUGUUAUGCAUCUUCGCCGAGCCUGGAGCUGGAUCAUUAGGUUUAGCGCAGUUCGUGAUUCCUCUGCGAUCCGCCGGAAUACCGGCACACAAACUGAAGGAUAUCAUCAUUUUUGGCAAUUUGGAGUACCUGGAACAGGAAUGGCAUAAAGAGUGGGCGCUACGACAUUUCCCAAAAAUUACCAUUAUAAAGGGCAACCCCUUAGACAGAAUGGACCUGGAAGCGAUUUCCAUAAAAUCCUGCGAAGUCUGCCUGGUGAUAUCGUCCAAGACCGGCCACUGCAAGGAUGAAAUUGUGGACGACCAGGAGGUCAUUCUGGCCACGUUAAAUUUGCAGGCUAUGGAUUUUGAAGAAAAUUUUCCGGAUGUGGAUCAACAUGCGGUACCGGUUGCCAGUCGCUCCAUCAAGAUUGUCUCCAGUUUAGAACACGAUGACAAUGUUAAAUUUCUGGAAUGUGAACGGGAUGACAGUCUGCCGGUCAACGCAUUCUUUUUAUCGGAGCCGUUCGUUUCCGGUGCAGUGUUUAUGGAUACUGUAUUGGAUUCCCUGAUGAUAACGACCUUUUUCAGUCCCUUAUCCAUUUCGGUCAUUCACGCUCUUGUAUUUGGUUCUUCGCAACUGCAACCAGAAAGCGGCAGUCCAGACAAAGACAGCCGUGCCCAGUUUUCCACACCCGUCGUGCCGCCGUCGUUUCUGAAAAUCAUUGAUCUGAGCAAGCCAAAGUAUUCCAAGCACGCGAAUUCAUCCUACAAAGACUUCGUUUGGAAUGGCUUCACGCAAGGCCUGAUUUGCCUGGGUCUCUCACGGCGUAUUUGGCCGGACGCGGCACCACCGCAGAACAUGAAACGCUGUAUUAUCACGAACCCGGCACCCGAUGUCAUGCUGUUGCCGGACGAUGCGGUCUUCGUCUAUGCACCCACCCACCUGCCGGUGGGUGCCACCCGUAGCCCGCCUGAGCCGCGCAAGUAUCUCAGUCCGGUGGACGAGCUGGAUCAGCUGUCACAGGAUUUGAAAGAGAAAAUGGGACAGUAUAAAAGUCUGAAUCCGAAACCGCCGAGUGUUCAGUCUUUGCCGAAUGCAAACGCGAGAAAUCCCUAUGACAGUUUGCCACGUAAACCAUCCUAAAGAGGAUUAGUCGAGAGAUUUCAACUGUUUUUUGUUUUGUUUUUGUUACCAAAUGUGAAAUCUAGCGCUAGCCUGCAACACUAUGUUUAAGCUUAUACAAGAAAUACAAAAUGUGUAACACUGGGUACACUACCUAGGGUAGCAGGUGCUAGUAGUAGUUCUUUGCACACGAAGGUUGUUUUAUGAAUGUUUGACAUUUACCAACGAUGUCCUCAACACUGUGUAAUAUCUAGCAAGUACUGUAAAUUGCUACUUGAUUAGUAAUCAAGAUCGAGGACGUUAUAAUUAAGAAG